AUGGGCAGUGCUUCUGGUGUUGUUGGUCCAACAAUGGUGGUUCACAGUUAUGCAAGAAUUCCUGCAGACAUCGCAGACAGCACACCUCCUGAUUGGGCACUAGGUAAAUCAGAGUCAGGAUGGAUGACAGGAGAACUCUUUUAUGAGUACAUAACCAAUAUCUUCCAUCCUUGGCUUGACAAUAACAACAUAUCAAGACAUGUCAUACUCUUCAUUGAUGGGCACACUUCUCAUCUCACACUCCACACUAGUCAAUUCUGUGCCGACAAUAACAUUAUUCUUGUAUCUCUGCUUCCCAAUGCUACUCACUUGUUGCAGCCAAUGGACGUAGCCGUUUUCAGAACCUUGAAAUCUGGGUGA